GAUUCCUUGACUAACCUAUACCUUUCUUACAAUAGAAUAUAUAACUUACCUAAUCAAAUGUUUUCUUGUAAUCCAGAAUUGCAAAUAUUAUUGAUUGCACACAACAGCAUACAUAAACUAAAUCCAAUAUUUUUCAGUGGUCUCUUGGCACUUCAGCAACUUGAUAUAUCAAGAAAUGGAGCAGAAGUUCUUGGCACGAAAUGGAACAACCCAGCACUCUGUAUUCUUGACAUUUCUGGAAACGAAAUUACACGUCUAAAUGAUAAAAAAUUUGAGGGAAAUUUGUCAAGCCUUCAAAAAUUGUAUCUAUCGGGCAAUAAAUUAGAUAAACUAUCCCCCACGACAUUCCAAAAUGUACAGCUACUUCAAGAGAUUUACCUUGGGUCACAACAUGGAGGGAAACUACAUCUCAAUGGAGUAUUCAGUAAAAUGAAGAGUCUCAUCAAAUUGGAUCUUUCUAAAACCAACAUUACGUUAACCUCCACUUGCCAAUUCAAUGAAACAAUGAAUCUAGAAGAGCUACAUCUUAAUUUUACGAGACUCAAUAGUACUAACCUCUUUGAUAUUGAAAGGCAAUCAUCCCUUUUUGAUGGACUUGUUUCUCUAUCAAAGCUUUACCUCCGGGGAAACAACCUAAACAAUUUGGAACAGGGGACGUUCAAGUCUCUCUCCAAACUCUCUUUACUGGAUAUGUCUAAAGCACGCAUUGUAGUCAUAAAGUCUGGUUUAUUCCAUGGAUUGAGUUCUUUGACAUGGCUGAACCUUGAUUCUAACAACAUAAACAAAAUAUCUGCAAAUGUUCUUUCUGGGUUGAAUUGCCUGGAGUUCCUUUACUUCGGCUACAACAGAAUAGAAGUGAUCGAGAAAGACUCAUUCAAGAUGACUCCUAAUCUGCAUAAGCUCUCUCUUUCAAGUAAUCGAUUGACUAAAGUUGAGAAGGAUACGUUCUUCCCUACCAACAGGACAUUAAAUCUUGAUAUUCAUGAUAACCCUUUCUCGUGCACCUGUGAUUUAGCCUGGUUUAUAUCGUGGCUUGGUGAAAGCAACGUACAUCUCAAGAAUCCUUCUCAAACAGUGUGUUACAGUACGCCCAUUGACAAAUUUGUUGGCUUACCUAUACUAUCAUUUGAUCCAAAACUCUGUGCUGCUAAUUUUGAGCUUCUGAUAAUUCCAUUAUCUGGCCUCAUGGUUGGAUUUCUGAUCGUUCUGGCAUAUAUCAAUCGCAACCGGGUCAAAGAUAAACUGUCCCCUCUCAAACUAGCAAUUAUUGAUUACCUUCAAGUGGUGGAAAGCCUUGAUGCAGAUAACCAUGCGUUUCAUCUAAACCUCAUGUUCCACGAGUCACAAGAGGAAUGGGUCGACCAGAUUCUUAAACCAGCAAUUGAAGAGAGGUUACCGCAUCUGCAGAAUAUCGUCUAUGGAGACAAAGAUCUCUGCCCUGGAAUGUUCUAUGUGAAUGCCAUCCAACAUGCCAUCGAGAACAGCUUCAAAACUGUCCUGUUGGUAAGCAACAGUUCAGUUGAUGAUGUUUGGAUCAGAACCAAACUCCGUAUGGCCCUGGAGCAUGUCAAUGACACAGGAUUCGAAAAGGUCCUCCUGAUCUUCUUGGAGGACAUUGAGGAAGACCAACUGCCAUACCUUGCCAGGUUGUUUGUGAGAAGAAACAGACCUCAUAUAUUCUGGACAGAGGAUGAAGACGGUCAGAAACUAUUCUGGGCUACUUUCAAGAGAAGCAUGAGAGUGAACAAAGCGAUAAAUAGUUCCAUUCCAUUUUAGAAAAGACGACAGUACCAGUUGGGUAUAUUUAGGAAGUUGGUUUGUGAGCAAGGGCCAAACUUGUGCCCUAGCUUCCAACAUUUCUUCUUUUUUUUUGCAUCAAACACAUUAUUUGGAGAACGCUCUUAAAGGGGAAUGAAACCUUUGAAACAAGUAGGUUUCUGUCGAAA